UUUUGUUGGGGGGGGGAGGGGUGCGGAAAGAAAAGUUUGCCGCUGAGUUCCCCCCCGGCUCGCUCGCUCGCUCGCUCGCUGGCUGCGGGGCUCUGCCAGGCGGGGGAUCGGACCUGCGGCGCCGCGCGAAGGCGGAGGGCGGACGCCGGCUCCAAUCCCGCCAGCUCCGGGGAUCAGCUUUUCGCGUGAUGUCUGGCCCCACCUGGCUUCCCCCGAAGCAGGUGGGCGUUUCAGGGACCCCUGGCAUCUCGGUUUCUGCUCCAGCCCUCUGCAAACCCCAGAAGAGCUUUGCCACGGUGCCAGCUGCCCCCAAACCCACCUACAGAGCUCAGGAGGCCAAUGGGGCCAUGAGUGCAACGGGGCCAGCCCCUCGGUACCAGCCCCCUGCGCCAGGGCCUCCUUCCCUCCCCCAGGAUUCGACCACUGAGCACCACUACCCACCUGCAGACCAGCGAGGAUCGGGGGGUUCUUGGGGCAGCAUUUCUCCUCCUGGGUAUCCCACGCAGGGGCCUUCUCUAGAGCAGGGACCCCCCUGCCCCUCCAGCCUCGAUGUCCAAAUAGACUCUCUCACUAGCAUGUUGGCGGAUAUGGAGGGUGCUCGGCACCGUCGCGCUGAGAGGCAGAACCCGGAGUCUGCUCCGUAUCCUCCUCCUCCGCUGCAGCCUGGGGCAGCCAAAGCCGCCGGAGCCUACAAACCGGGGCCUUCCGGGACGUUCUCUCAGGCCAAGCCUGCUGACGCCUACCCCAAGGGCGGGCCUUACGGGAGUCAGCCACAAGCACCGGCCUACACAGCCGACGCGGUGCUGCCCUCCCCCUACGGUGCUCCCGGGUUGGGCGACCCUUACGGGGCGGGCUACCACCGGGCUGCCACGGCACCCAAGCCGUACCCUCAGCCGAUGCCGGCCUCUUACGCCACCGCCUCGUCCUCUGCCGGCCCCCCCUUCAACGUCCAGGUGAAGGUGGCCCAGCCUGUCUUGGGGUACAGCCAGCCACGGCGCCGGGCCGAGCAGGCGUACGGGCCGCCGUCCCCCCGGGUGGGCUACGGGGCGAAGCCUCCCCCUCAGUACGCCUCGGAGCCCGGGGUCCGUCCCCGGUCCCAGGACACGGAGCCCUGGUACCCGGAGCCGCCCUCUUACGGCAGGAGGCUGGGCGAAGGGGAGUUCUAUGCCAGUCCCGGAGGUGGCCACGCCAAGCUGGGGACCCCCUCGGGCCAGUACCCGUCCGGGCUGGCCAAGCCGGGCAAGGAGGAGAUGUCGGUCACGUCGCAGAUGCCGGCGGGCGGUGGAGGGCUGAGGUACCAACACCAGACCCCCCCAUACCGCCCAGAAGAAGAACUAGAUCGGCUCACGAAGAAACUUGUGUACGACAUGAACAACCCUCCUUCUGGCGAGUACUUCGGCCGUUGUGCUCGGUGUGGGGAGAACGUGGUGGGGGACGGAACGGGCUGCGUGGCCAUGGACCAGGUCUUCCACGUUGAGUGCUUCACCUGUUCGACUUGCCGCUGUCGUCUGCGCGGGCAGCCGUUCUACGCCAUUGAGCGGCGCUCCUACUGUGAAUCCUGCUACAUUGUGACCCUGGAGAAGUGUUCCAUGUGCUCCAAGCCCAUCAUGGACCGGAUCCUGAGGGCCAUGGGCAAGGCCUAUCACCCGCAGUGUUUCACUUGCGUCGUCUGCCACCGAUGCCUGGAUGGGGUCCCUUUCACCAUCGAUGCCACCAGCCAGAUCCACUGCAUCGAAGACUUCCACCGGAAAUUUGCUCCCAGGUGCUCAGUGUGUGGCAAUGCCAUCAUGCCCGAGCCUGGGCAGGAGGAGACGGUGAGGAUUGUCGCCCUGGACCGCAGUUUUCAUAUCGGCUGCUACAAAUGUGAGGAGUGUGGGCUGCUUCUCUCCUCGGAAGGGGAGGGCCGAGGCUGCUACCCGCUGGACGGCCACAUCCUGUGCAAAAGCUGCAGUGCCCGGCGGAUUCAGGAGCUCUCCUCAAAGAUCACCACAGACUGCUGAGGUGCAGGCCAGGGGUGCCUGCUGCCCACUCCCCCCCUCUUUUUUGGCUGGGUCCCUGGGAUUUUGGUCUCACCUGCUCCUGGCUGACUAUACCCCAGUGCGGUUGCCACUUGUCCAAAACGGUGUCUGUGUUUUUAUAUUGCAUAUGCUUGCCCCUUCUGAAUAGAAGCCCUGUGUCUGUGUGGGUGAUGAUGGGCUUGGACUCCAGCAAUGGGGGCCGUGGCCCCCUAAUUCCCCUCUCCUUUCUCCCGCCCCCCCGCCCCCGAGAUGUGCUUUCCCUUGACUUUUUCUCCUCUCCGCUCCCACCCCUUCCCCAUGCAUUGAAAUUCGGCCCCUGAAUUUCACCCUGCAUCUUCUUGCUGGGGGGGUGGGGGGUGGAAAUGGAUGUCUCUCUGGGUGCUCUGUCCACGCCGGCCCCCCCACCUGCCAAACGUAACAGCCCUGAGCUCCAAGUCGCCUCGGAGGGGCCCCCAAACCUAUAAGCUGGUCUUAGUCGGUUGGCUGGGAGUUGAUGUGCCACUUCUCCCCCCCCACGCGCCCCCCCCUUUCCCAGUGACCAUAAGCGGCCCUCUGCCCCCCCUGACUCUAGUGCCACACGCCAAGUCCUCUGCCACUUGGGAGAUCCACUUUGUUCCCCAGACUCCUGGAGUCCCGAACUGGCCCAGAGGGUGAAGUUCUUCCUCUUCCUCCUUGCAGGCUGGAUAUAUUUUUAUAACGCUUCCCUCCCUCCCUGGCUUCUUCCCACAGGGUGGAUGGACGUGUGAGAAUUUAAUAAAGAUGUGUCAGACUUCA